UCCAUGAUUACUAAAAAGGGGCAGCGCAUGAACAUUCAGUAGUUCUAGUUUGGUAUAAAUAGCAGUAGGAUAACCCAUCUGCAAUACCUCAUAAACUCGGGUCACAACUCACAAAUCCCUCCCCCAAACAUUAAUAUGCAGUGAGUUUGUACUUUCAAUUCAAUAUCCUUAAUUUCUCUCAGGUCAUCCUUAGUUAUAAUAUCGCCUACUCAUACUCAACAAAAGAAACCAGCAUACAUACAUACACCAACCGCUGCACAGCUCCUCUUCUCUAAUUAUUUGGUCUCGAGUCUCGUGGUUGUGUAAGUGUGUCCAAACAAACCAUAACUAGCAAGCCACAGCCACAGUCACAUUCACAUCCUUAAUUACUUUGCAAAUAUUCAACAGCUCCCCGCGUGUUUGACAUUCCAGGUCUAGAGAAGAGAGAAAGAAAAAAAAAGACCAUGAUGAACAUGCUUUCGGUGUCAGCAGCGCUGUGCAAGCCCGUAGCGAGUUUCAACCCGGCAUCACAUUCACUGAGGAAUAUGAACUCGCUGUCCCUCUUCAUGAACAAGAAGGAAAAAGUAGUGGUAAUCAUGGGCGCAACGGGGACAGGAAAGUCAAAACUGGCCAUAGAGUUGGCCACGCAAUUCCCACCAGCGGAGAUAGUCAACUCCGACAAAAUGCAAGUGUACGAAGGCCUAAACAUCACCACAAACAAAGUCACCGAAGAAGAGCGUCGCGGGGUCCCACACCAUCUCCUAGGCACGGUGAAUCCCAACACCAGUUUCACUGCACAAGACUUUUGCGACCAGGCCACUCUCGCCGUUGGGUCCAUAUUGGGCCGUGACGGUUUACCCAUCAUUGCGGGUGGGUCCAACUCCUUCCUCGACGCGUUGGUCAACCAUCACACCGAGUUUCGGUUACGCUACGACUGCUGCUUCCUCUGGGUCGAUGUCUCACUCCCCGUCCUCCAUUCCUCUCUCUCCGCACGUGUGGAUCGCAUGAUCCACUCUGGCCAGCUCCACGAGGUUCGACAGAGUUUUCAAUACCACAACCAGGAUUAUACCUUAGGGAUACGAAAGGCCAUUGGCGUACCCGAGUUUCAUGAUUUUUUCAGAGCCGAAGCCGACGGAGCCGAUCAGAGGACCAAACAGCGCCUCCUCCAGGCUGCCAUUGCUUCCCUCAAAACCAACAACUGCACCCUCGCCAAGCGGCAGCUCCAGAAGAUUCACCGCCUUUAUAGCAUGUGGAAACGGAACAUGCACCGCCUCGACGCCACCGAGGUUUUCCUCAAGACCACUCGCCAGGAGGCAGAGGAGGCCUGGGAGGAUCACGUCUUGUCCAAGACCAGAAGGAUUCUCCAUAAGUUCCUGUAUGAGGACACGCAUGUUGUUCCCGCAGGUAUUGCGUCUGUUGUUAUUGCUUCUUCGCCGCCGCCCAUGCCUGCCACCGCCGCCGCCGCAACUCACUAGAGAUAAUAUAUAUAUAGGGCCAGAGAAUCUAAUAUAGAGAAACGUUUCCCGCUGACAUGCCUCCGAUGACACUACUACAUGCCAUUUAAUUAACAUCUUUUUUAUUUUAUUUUAUUUUCUUUUGAUAUCGUAAAAAAAGGUUUACUUACCACAGAAAAUCUGUAAUCUUUUGUUACUUAUUACUCUCGUCUCUAAUUAUAACAUCUUCCUUUAGAGA